CUCUGUGGCAAAGAGCGCACCCACCUGCUAUAAUGACGAGCGGCAUUUGGCGACGUGGGCGUGCCAUGUGUGUGUCCGCAGCCGGGAUUCUUGGAUCCCACAGGGUGUUACGAGCCGCUCUUUCAGUCACUCCAGACAGUUCAGAUUUUUGUUCACUUGUUGACUGACAGCAGAAGAAAAAAGGUCCUAAAUUAAGCAAGGCGCCUUUUAUCCGCAUGAAUACGUAAAAGCGAUACUGUGAGGUCCAAUCGGAUUGUCCUUUUUUAACAUGUAAUUUAAACUCAGUUUUGGCUGUGCUGCUUUAUUUGAUGCAGCGAAGACUUUCCAAGCGAGAAGGAGUCGCAGCUUCAGCAUGUAAAUAGCAAACGAUGGGGACGAGGGAGUAGACUUACAGGCAAAUAGGUGUUUGGGUGAUUUCCAGCUGAAGAAUGUUUAAUCCUGGAAUUCGUGGGAAAUUCUGUACACCCGCGUCCAAAAAUUUGGAGGACUUCGACUCAAUCCGGAGUGUGCUGCUCUACAGUGAUCUUGAGCCUGAAUGGCUGGAUGAUGUUCAGAAAAAUGGAGAAUUGUUUUAUCUGGAACUGAGUGAAGGAGAAGAGGAGGUUGCCCUUACACAGGCUCACUUAGCUGAGUUGCCAGUAGCCAACCAUGUACGCUUUAGUGACAAGGAAGCAGAAAUCAUACCAAAUAAUAAGAAGCACAAAGACGGGAGAAGGCAUGAACCCAGAUUAAAAAAAAUAGCAAGAAUCCUGAAAAAGAAGAAAAACUUCAUAGAAGGACAGAGGGAGAAGAAUGGGAGUUCAAACCCUCAAAAUAAUGGCCUGUCAACUCAGCCAACAUCCAUUCUUAAAAGCCAGACUAGUCAAAGGACAGGUCUUGUUCAACAACAGUUUAAGGAUGUUAAUGUGUAUGUGAACCCUAAAAGACUGCGCAGAAACAGAUUUUUGGAAGGCAACAGUCUUCUGGAGACUUUACUUGGAAUUAUCUAUCAGCCUUCUUGGACUAAAGGAAUGGGAAGUAAAGGUUUAAAGCCUAAUACAGAAGGACGUGUGCUUGUUCAUGGAUUGGUCCCUGGUAGUCCUGCAAUCAAAUGUGGUCAGAUUUUAAUAGGAGAUGUUCUAGUUGCAGUCAAUGAUGUUGAUGUGACAACUGAGAACAUUGAACGGGUUUUAUCAUGUAUCCCAGGUCCAACUCAGGUGAAGCUUACUUUAGAAACAACCUCCUUUGCUGAUGAAGAAAAGACAUACACCGCAUCUAAUGAUAAACAAUCAGAAAAUGUUAGCAAUCUCGUGAAACUCCUGUGGGGAGAGGAUACUGUGGAACUUCAGAUGGCAAUUGGAAAUAUUCCUCACAUUGUGAUGUACUUGUCUCUAAAGCUAGAUUCGGAGUCCCCAAAGGAAGAGCAGGAAAUUCUAUACCAGUAUCCAGUAGCUGAAUCAUCACGAAAAUUGAGAGGGCUAAGAGGAAUAUUUAUCACUCUUAGUGAUAUGCUGGGUAAUGUGACUGGAGGACAAAUAAUCAGUUCUACAGUGCUGUUUGAUGUUCAUCUGGUCCAUGUUGGUUACUGGAAAGAAGGGGAAAAUCUUCUUGUAAUUGGACUGCCAGCAGAAAGGGUUCCUCUUUUACACUUGCAAAAUGUUAUUGGCAAUGUUGUCCGUACCCUGAAAGUCAUGUAUUGCUCUUUAGACAGUGCCUUUUGCCAGAUGGACAAUUUUCCAAGACUUGAUCAUUUGUUCAGUAUGUUCUUCCAGCAGUUAAUUCAUCCUGCAAAACUGAACUACAGUGCUAGCUCCAGUUCUCAUUUUUAUGAUAUCUCCAGCUCAUUGUUUUUAAAUAGCCUUCCUGCAGUGCGCUAUUUAACAUUACCAAAAGAAAUAAAGGCUGAAAUCAGCACAAUUCUGUCAGAUUUUGAGGCAUCUGAUUUUGGGGAAAUGUCUGAGGAUUACUAUGGAAUGAGGAGACUGCACACAAUCCUGGGGUGUUGUCUGUUCUAUAAGGGUUACUUAAUAGAAAACCACUUGCCAAAGGAGGAUCUUCUUGACAUUGCUCUUUACUGUCAAAUUUAUUGCCUUUUACCACUUGCAACUGAGCAGAAAAUUGGUCAGCUGGUCAUAUGGCGAGAGGUCUUUCCCCAGCGACAGUCCUCUGUCAGCGAAGGAUCUUUUGAAGCCUACCGGGAACCUAAAGCAAGAUAUUUUCUUCUGAUAGUUGGCCUUAAACACUACAUGUUAUGUGUACUUUUGGAAGCAGGAGGAUGUGCAUCUCAGGCUAUUGGGAACCCAGGUCCAGAUUGUGUUUAUGUAGACCAAGCAAAAGCCACGCUGUUUCAAAUGGAAUCCUUGGACAACAGUAUUGAGGAGAGACUUGCAGCGCCCCCCACUCCUUGCUUAUCAUGUGCGGACUGGUUUAUCCCUACUGUGCGUGAUAGACUCAAUAGCAUUACCAGUUCUCCAAUCUUUAGUAGGUGGCAGAGUAUAUCAAAAGCAACAUCUCCCAACAGUAAAUCCUCAUUAAAGAAUCAAAAAGCCAGUCCCCAGAAAAAUUUUGGGAUCUCUGAAAAUGUCAGUGAAAGCCAAAUGGAUAAUGUGUUAUUUGGUACAAGUAUCAGCCCUCACUCAACUCCAGACUCUAUAAGGAAGCUGGGGCGCAGGGAAUCCCAGGGUUCUGGUGGAUCAGAUGGUAGUGGAGGAAGUGGAAGCUUGUUUAAGAUAUAUAAGAAGAAGCAUCCUAAUCCUUUUUAUCUGGGUACAUUAAAAAACAGUCUUUCAGAAAAAGACACUGAAGAAAUGUACAACAUGAUGAAAUUAACAUCUGGAUCUGAAAACACAUUAUUUCACUAUGUGUCAAUGGAAGCAGUGCAAGGAAUAUUUAUAGCUCCGACUCACAAAGAAGUUGCACAACUCAGUGGUUCCAUUCACCCACAGUUAAUCAAAAACUUUCAUCGCUGCUGUCUUUCUAUAAGAUCAAUAUUUCAACAGACAAUGUGUGGAAAGGAAAGAAAAUUUGUGAGCUGCACUAAUACUUCAGUAAGGAAGACCUCAUCUGGAUUUGGAAUUGUCAAAGAGCAUGGUGUGCUUUUUCAGUGUGAACCAGAAAACUGGACUGACCAGAAGAAGUCCCCACCCACAAUGACGUACUGGGUUGUAGGGAGGCUUUUUCUAGAGCCAGUCCCUCAAGAGUUCUAUGUGUGUUUUCAUGACUCAGUGGCAGAGUUUCCAGUGGAGCUUGCAUUCAGACUAUCGUUUGGAGUGGCAGUCUGAAGAACAGGACAAGCGUGCGGUGUUUUCUCCCAAACAAUAAACAAUAAUAAAA